GCGUUUCACGGCGGCGAACCACGGGAGCGUUUCACGACGGCGAACCACGGGAGCGAACCACUGCAGCGGAGGAGCUUCUCCCUCCAUCCCUUUCAUUGGUGAUUCCAUUUCCCGCAACCAUAUUCAAUCCCUGCUUUGCAUUCUCUCCCAGGAAAUUGAAUUAGAUUAAUUUAGAAACAAGAAUGGCUGAUAAGGAUGAUGUUAACAUAACUGUUUCUGAAAAUGAAUUUGAAGAAGAUGAUACUGAAAAACAGUCUGAAACAGUAGAGGUUGAUAAAAGGAGAAAUAAGGCUAGCACAGCUGAUUGUUGGAAGUAUUUUAGUAAGGUUGGGGAGGAAAAGAAUAAGGCAAAGUGUAAUGGUUGCAACAAAGUUUUUGCGUGUGGUGGAAGAAAAUAUGGAACUUCACAUUUGAAUAGGCAUAUUAUGAAGUGUGGUAAAAUCAAAACUGAAGAUAUUGGUCAAAUGAUGUUAGAUAUGCAAGGAAAAUUGAAGGCAAAUAAAAUAGAUCAAUCAGUGCACCGUCAGUUGUUGUGUGAACUGAUUGUUAGGCACAAUUUGCCUUAUAAAUUUGUUGAGUAUCCUGAACUUAGGAGUUGGAUUAGGUACUUGUGUCCUGAUGCAGUUAUGGUUAGUAGAAACACUAUUAAGGCAGAUAUUGGGAGACUCUAUGAGAAAGAAAAGUUAAUUCUUAAAACUCUGCUUCUUUCCAUUCCUGGUAGGAUAUGCUUGACAUCUGAUUUGUGGACAUCUAUUAAUACUGAGGGAUUCAUAGCUUUGACUGCCCAUUUUGUGGACUUGAGUUGGAAACUAAAUAGCAAAGUUCUUAACUUUUGUCACAUGCCCCCCCCACACACAGGUUUUGAGUUGUCUAAGAAAGUUUAUGAACUUUUGCAAGAGUGGGGAUUAGAGAAAAAGGUUUUCUCUAUCACUUUGGACAAUGCUUCGGCAAAUGAUGUGCUUCAAAAUUCUUUGAGAACUCAACUUAAUCUACAUAAUGGCUUGAUAUGUAGUGGGGAAUUCUUUCACAUUCGUUGUUGUGCCCACAUACUGAAUUUGAUAGUGCAAGAAGGAUUAAAGGUGCUAGGCAAUACUCUAGAUCAAAUUAGAAAUAGCAUCAAGUAUAUUAGGGGGUCAGAGACUAGAACUUUAAAAUUUAAACAAUGUCUUGACAAAUUUGAUGACAUUGAUUAUUCAUGUGGAUUCUGUCUUGAUGUCCCUACACGAUGGAACUCAACAUACUUGAUGCUCAAAGGUGCCUUAAAAUAUCGACGUGUUUUUGGAAGCUUGCCAUUGGUUGAUGAAAGUUACAAAUAUUGUCCUUCAGAGGAAGAGUGGGACAGGGCUGAAAAAAUUUGUAGGUUCUUAAUGCCUUUCUAUGAUAUGACAACCUUAAUGUCUGCCACAAGCUAUCCCACAUCAAAUUUGUAUUUCUUACAAGUUUGGAAGAUUCAAAGUUUGUUGAUGGAGAAUGUUAAGGAUGGAGAUGAUUUGAUAAAGAAGAUGGCUAAAUUGAUGAUGGUUAAGUUUCAAAAGUAUUGGGAUGAAUAUAGUGUUGUGCUUGCUUUUGGGGCAAUUUUAGACCCAAGAAUGAAACUACAAACAUUGGCCUACUGCUUUGAUAAGAUUGAUCCUCUUACUUCUGAAUUGAAGUUGGCAAAAAUUAAGGACAAGUUGUACAACCUUUUUGCUGAAUAUAGUAAAAGUUUGCCAACAACAACAUCAAAUGUUCUAAAGCGCAAACAAGGACAAUCUUCUUCUUCCUCAUCCGUUUCUCUUCCACAUCUAAGCCUAUUUGAUGAAUUAAAAGAGUGUGAUAGUGAAUUGGGUAAUAGAAUUGGAAAGAAUCAACUUGAGACAUAUUUGGAGGAACCAAAUCUAGGUUUUCGAUUUAUGGAGCACAUGGAUGUCUUGGAAUGGUGGAAAAAUAAUAGUCUAAGAUUUUCUGACCUAUCAGUAAUGGCCAGAGAUCUCUUAAGCAUCCCAAUAACAACUGUGGCAUCAGAAUCUUCUUUUAGCAUUGGGUCUCGGAUCCUUAACAAAUAUAGGAGUCGACUCUUACCCGAGAAUGUCGAAUCCAAUAUUUGCCUUUCUAGUUGGAAGCAUGGUUUUGUUGAGGAAGAAGUAGAAGAUGGACAAAAUACUACUUACAAAAAUCUGGUGGUAAAUGAAGGGUCCUCCGGUGUUGCUUCCAAUGUCAUAAGCAUGGAAGAUGAAGAACAAUAGACUUCAACCAUCAAGAUGUUUCUAUGUUUUGGACUGUUUUUGAUUUGAACUUUGUUGGUUUGGUGUUUUUGUGUUCUAGACCACUUUUAUGUACUCUUUUAUGUUGUUAUUGCACUUCAUUCAUAUGAUGUCCAGGACUUGUUUGUUACACUUGUUUAAUGCUCCAAGACUUCGUUUGGUGGACUGUUUUUUAUGUUGUUUAUUGCACUUGUCCAGGUUUUGGUUGA